GUCUUAAAACUCCGCACUUGUAUAUUUUUUCCGCAGUUUUAUCGGCAACCGGAGCUCGAACCCGAAACCUCACUUUUGGUGGAUUUUCCGAACCAGAAUGGGCCAGAUUAAUACGUGCCUCAAGUGGAUUUUUACAAUUUUCAACAUUUUCUUCGCGAUUGUGGGCGGAGUCAUCAUUGCACUCGCUCUACUCUCACAGAUCAUCACCAAUGUGCACGGAGGCGAACAACUGGAAGGUCGGACCUCCGGCCUCAUCAUACUGUACGUAGUGGGUGCCAUUACCAUGGUGAUCGCCAUCGUGGGAGCCUAUGGCGCGCAUAAGGAGAACCGUGUAGCACUGAUUGUGUUCCUGGUCUGUAUGGUCAUUGGAAGCCUGAUGAUGCUCAGAAUUGGAAUUCCUGCCGCCAUGGCUCGUUCUGAGCUCGAGGACCUGCUGGAGGAGCGCUUACGGAGAGUUCUGCCAUUGAACACGGCCGACCAGGAUGUGAGGAACGUGGCUGACAAGCUGCAGGAAACGCUGCACUGCUGCGGGCUGUUCAGCUACACCGACUGGGGGCAGGAUAUCCCCAACUCGUGUCUGUGCAACCAGCAGGCGGAGUCACUGCACGAGUGUCGGCUGGUUAACUACAAUGUUCUUAUGCAGAAGCUUGUCUACAAAAAGACCUGCUUCCCUAUCAUCAUGCACUAUGUGCUGCUGGUCGCUGACAUCAUGCUGGGCGUGGUCUUCACUCUGGCUGCCCUAGCGCUGUUGGGCAUGGCGCUGUCCUCGCUCAUGAUCUACCAGAUGCGGUUCCCCUCUAGCGCCCCCAUGGUGCUGACGGUGCCCGCUGUCUUCAGUCCACAGCCUCCCAAGUACCAGGAACUGCACAACCCACCAGAGUAUGGAAGAUAAACGGCGCCACCUGCAGCCAUCGCCAGAUGGCUUCUAUUUUUUCAUGCUGAAGAAGCUGACCUGUUUGUUUGUUUUUUUUUUUGGGGGGGGGGGGGUUUUCUCCCCUUUCUCUUAUGUUAUACAGUUUGACAUCCAAAGUGCCUUCUGUUAUUGUGGUGGCCUGACUGUCAACCAUCUUUAAGACAAUGGUGAUGUGAUGGUGCCCAAGCAUUAGAGUUUAGUUUUUACAGAAAGUAGCUUAAGAGAAGUAACAUCUUAUGGGUCAGUGCUGUGUGGGUGGGGUUUAUAUAUUAUGUUUUUGUACGUUGGCAGCAGAAGCUGUUAGAGCAUUCUGUAAGUGUUGAUUCGAAAGUACUUAAAAAUAGAAAGUCGUUAGCUACACUGAUGCUUAAGUUCUUGAUUGACAUAUUUCAACAUUUUGGUAAAAAUUCGCAAUCAUGAAAUUCAUUCAUUUACAUGGAAUUUUUUAUUCAAUAUAAGUUGUUUGGAUUUUUUUUGUUUUGCUUGCAUCCGUUUGGUCGUGCACUUCUGCUCCUUCAUUAAGAAGGGUCUAAAUAAAAGAAACAUCUAUAAUUUUAUUUGCACCCAGUAUGGCAGCACAAUAAGCGUUUGAUAGGAACCUUCAUUCCUUCGCAGCAGACUGAAUAGACAAAAAAAACUAAUUCGUCCCCAUGUCCAUCAAAUUGCUAAACAUCUAAAACUGGAAUUGUGCAAUACUUAUCGUGUUUCUCCCAACUUCCUAUCAUGUUAAUUUGUUAUGGAUGUGGCUGUGUUUCUACUUGUAUCUGUUUUUUCUUUUUGUAAAGGCACUUAGCAUGAGUCCAAGACAAAGUUCCCUGAGGGGAUAAUAGUGUAUCGUAUCAUUCCAAUGGACAUGCUUUGAUAGUCACAGAAUUAUUCAAAUGCAGAAAAAGGUUUUUGCCACACAAAAACACCUGCAGAACCACUAACGUUGGCCGCAGUCAUAAGCAAUUGAAUUAUUUUUUUAAUGUUUUUUUUUUUCCCUCUUGACUGUAAUCACUUGAAGUGAACUCUGUUCAGGGUUUAUUUUUCUGUUCUGUAAUUUUGUAUUUCUUUGAAACACCUCAGAUCUUUGCUGUAUUCUAUGAAUAAAGUCUCCUUAACUCUG